AUGGUCUCUGUCUCUGCGCUCUUUGCAGCUCUCUCCCUCGCCGGUUCGGCCUUCUCUCAGUCCUCUACAGCCUCGGACUACACUAUCCAAACGUCCCCGGCCUCUGAAUCUGCCUCCGACUCCAAUACGUCCGGCGGCGCAGACUCCACGGCCCUCGCCUCUAUGACCAGCGCUCUCAUUAACAACACUUCCUCUUCUGCUUCUUCGACCGGCAGCGGCUCUAGUGCAGCCUCUAGCGCGAGCGCAGUGGCCGGAUUCCCGGAUAGCUGUGGGAGUCAGUGCAACAAUAUCUCCACCAGCCUCUCUACAUGCGGCGUGGGGACUUCUCUGAACACUACCUGUCUCUGUACAGACUCGGUUGAGGCGGCGUACAGGGAUUGCUUGGAAUGUGCUCUGGGACUGUCGCCCGCCGAGACGACCCGGGCGACAUACCAAGAGAUUCUCGAUACCUUCGUCUCCCAAUGCGCGCUCGCGUCUACAUCCCCCGUGACGCUGCCUAGCGCUACCAUCACCUACCCCGCCUCCGUAAACACCUCCACCCUCGCACCUCUCACGACUUCCAACGGCUCCUCCGCCACUGCCAAUUCGUCCUCCACUUCUUCUUCAUCCAGCGGGUCGAGCUCGAGUUCGGCGGUUUCAACGACGUCUGGAGGGCCGGCAGCGACGAGUAGUGCGGCUACGAGUGCGGCGAGUUCGGGGAGCAGUUCGGGGGCGAGGAGGUUGUUCCCUGAGGAAGGUAUCUUGGGUCUUGGUUUGGGGGUGGUGGGAUUGUUGGGAGGAUUGCUUCUUGUCUAG